AUGCUACAUUCAUGUGAGUCUUCCGCAUGGCCACCGAUGGUAUCAUCAUUGCGGUAUUCUCUGUCCAGACUGUACGACAACAAUGAUACAUCAACUGAUGCUCAACUGGACUUGUCCACUUUGCUCUUAGAUGAUGCUACAUCCGACAAUGUUCAUCUCCUUGCUACAUCGUUCGAAAAUGAUAUUGAAUUGUUAAAGUCAAACUAUACAAAAGUGCUCGAAACUGUUGAACGCUUGAUCUUAAUGGACAGAUUUGAUGAUGCUUCUCGUUUUACUUACAAGCCUAUAAUAAAGCAUAUUGCCUCCAUUGAUCUUGCACCUCUAAUUCAAAUGAUGAUUCGACUAUGUUCGUUCCUUGCGAAUACUACCGAGCGUCGAGAUCAAUUGUGCUCAAACAUUUUGUAUCAUAAUACCUAUGCAUUGUUAAGCGUGAAGGUCAACAAAAAACUUUCAUCACUCUUUUUCGACCUGAUUCUUGCUAUGCUCGAAAUGUACACAAUGGAUACACCAGGGUAUGCUGCAAAACUACUUACUAAAUCUGAAUUCUAUCCGUGGGCAGAACUAACAUAUCAUAUUGGUCAUCUCAUUCGUAUUUGUGGUUCAUACGAUUCCUUCGUUCAUACCGAUUACUUUAGUAAGCUGGAUCCUCUCCAAGAUAUUCUUAAAUUAAUUUCCGAUAGAGCUAAAAUUAAUCCUAUAAUAUAUCGAGCGACACACGAACCAGUGCUCAAAUACAUCCUCCGGUGGUCAGUGAAGAAUACAGUGUAUAGUAUGCAUGUUUACAAAAUGGGUGGACAAAUACUCGACUUAAUUGAUAAGCAACAAGCUACUUUUGACACAUGUUCGCAAUUUAUUGAUGCACUUCGACAUCGAGUGAGUGGUGAUGAUGACAACGAUGAUCCAGAGCAAGCUCGUCUCAGAAAUGCACAAUUCUUUCAGCCCUUAUCAGCACGACUUGCCAAAUUUAUGGAACAAUUCAAAACACUGCCAAGUGCUCUUCAUCAAAAAUUGGCGCUUUUCUUUAUGGCUAUACUUAACAGACCAUUGUAUGCUGAGAAUGGAAUCAGGAAAUUCGAGUACUGGACUAUGAAUAACAUUUGGCACUAUGUGAGCCUAUGCAUUGCCAAUCAAGAAGAUGUUCGUCUCUACAAGACAUGCCUUGAUCGACUCUAUACACGGGCACAAGACGACAACGACCAAGAUUUGAAGUGUUGGUGGAUCAGCUUCUGGCAAACUGUUGGCAUGAAAUUCCCACAAGUCGCUGCCGAUCAUGUCGAACAAUUUCUUUGUAUUACAAUUGAUGAAAAAGACAUGAGCUUUCUUGUGCUAUUACCGAUAACCAACAUUCGUACUUGUGUCAAUGAGGUCGACACACGUCUAAUCGAUGUUGCCGAACAAGUACAAGUACAUAUACAUGAAAUCGAACGUAUAGAUGCCAAAACAUUGAGUUAUGUGCCGGAAUGGGGUGCUGGUGUAAGCAAACUACUCAAUAGUCCAGCAAGCAACAAUUGGUGUCUGCUCGGAAAACGAUUUGGUUAUUCGACAAGUGAACUAAGACAUUGGGCUACGAAGGCUGAUCCAUGCAUGACUUUACUCAACGAAUGGUAUAUGACACACGAAACUGACGAAACUACCUAUGGUCUUGUCAAGAUGCUUGAAGAUAUUGGACGACACGAUGCAGAGAAAAUUAUUCGAGAAGCAGUGAUUGCUGCUGGUAAAGUUAUUCCUGAAGAACUUGACAUUGAAAUGAAACGUCUCCCGCCCGUAUUUCUUUCUUACCAAUGGGGCAUACAAGCAGCCGUAACUACACUCAAAAGUCAUCUUGAACAAGCUGGUUAUGCUUGUUGGAUGGAUACCGGGCAGAUGGGGGGUGGCGAUAAACUCUUCGCUAAAAUCGACGCAGGCAUUCGUGGGGCAAAAAUCGUUAUAUGUUGCAUGGCAGCAGCUUAUGCUCAAUCGGUCAAUUGUUCACGUGAAAUUCAUCCAUGUGUGAGUACAGGUAAGCCAAUAAUUCCGCUUCAAAUGGAAAAACAACCGUGGCCACCAGAAGGUGCUCUUGGUCCCAUCAUGAGUGAAUAUCUCUUUAUUCGAUUUUUCAAUCGCAAAAAUGCUGGAACGGUAAACUAUUGGCCUGAAGAGAAAUUCGCUGAACUACUGGGUCAAAUUCGCUAUCAUGUGGCCCCAGAUACAGAUAUGAUCAGUAGCCAAUACAACAAUUGGUUUGUCGCUCAAAUUGACAAUCUCAUAUUUCUUCAAUUGUCGAAAAGCAAGAACGACAAGAAAGUAGAAAACAAAGAAUCUACAUCACUGAUAGACACCCCUUUAGAGGUGUCGCAUCCGCAAUUGAUGAUAUCCUAUCAAUGGGAUCAUCAAUCGUACAUUGUCGCUUUGUACAAACGACUCACACUGUUGGGCUAUCGAGUAUGGCUUGAUAUAUUUCAAAUGGGUGGUGGAGAUUCAUUAUUCGAAAAAAUUGACACUGGAAUUCGUCAUUCACUAUGCGUAAUAGCUUGUGUCACACCUAAAUAUACGGUAUCGAUCAAUUGUCGACGAGAAAUGGCACUAGCUGAUGCUCUAUCAAUACCCAUCAUACCAUUGCUACUCCAAGAAACAAGUACAUGGCCACCCCCUGGUCCCAUGGCACUCGUAUUUGCUGAAAUACCAUACAUCAAUUUUAGCAGUAAAAAUGAACAGAGCAACAAUGACAAUACAUGGAUAGGCAAAGAAUUUCAAGAGUUACUUUCUCGAUUACGAAAAUUCGUACCUGACGUACAGCUGCAGACGGCUCAGCGAAACUUGCCCGACAUGGAACGACCUAUAUCGGCUGCUCAAACUGGUGGUCACAGUGUGCAACAACAACCGAAACGAAUAACUAGUGCACCCGCUAUAGACAAAAGUCAAACUUGUUCUCUUAUAUAA